GCCGUAUACGUAAUGAUGUCACAGCAAGAAGAUGCUGGAUAGCCUCGAGUCGGAGGCCAUGGGCAACUAGCAAUAGCGAAAAUGUCUAAGUGGCACAAUUAGGGAGAUUUGUCAGAUAAACUCUUGCAGGGAGCGAGAAUAUUUUCAUCUCCUCAAGGAAGAGUUGUGUUAAACUGUAGAUAGACACAACACUGGAUAUUGUAGGUUUUCCAGACUCCAGUGGUCACCAUGGCGACAGACAUCGGUUCCCCGCCACGGUUCUUCCAUAUGCCUCGGUUUCAGCACCAGGCCCCGCGGCAGCUGUUCUACAAGCGGCCAGAUUUUGCCCAGCAGCAGGCCAUGCAGCAGCUGACGUUCGAUGGCAAGCGUAUGAGGAAGGCUGUCAACCGCAAGACCAUCGACUACAACCCCUCUGUUAUCAGAUACCUUGAGAAUCGGCUGUGGCAGCGUGACCAUAGAGAUUUCCGAGCAAUUCAGCCCGAUGCAGGUUGUUACAAUGACCUCGUGCCCCCCAUGGGUAUGCUGAACAACCCAAUGAACGCAGUCACUACAAAGUUUGUCAGAACCUCAACCAACAAAGUGAAAUGCCCUGUCUUUGUUGUGCGGUGGACCCCUGAGGGCAGACGAUUGGUCACUGGGGCCUCCAGUGGGGAGUUCACAUUGUGGAACGGCCUCACCUUUAACUUUGAGACCAUUUUACAGGCUCAUGACACUCCCGUAAGGGCCAUGACCUGGUCUCAUAACGACAUGUGGAUGCUGACUGCAGACCACGGCGGCUACAUCAAGUACUGGCAGUCCAACAUGAACAACGUCAAGAUGUUCCAGGCCCACAAGGAGGCGAUUAGAGAGGCCAGUUUCUCACCCACGGAUAAUAAAUUUGCCACUUGCUCUGAUGAUGGAACUGUGCGCAUCUGGGACUUUCUCCGCUGUCACGAAGAGAGGAUUCUUAGAGGUCACGGUGCAGAUGUGAAGUGUGUGGACUGGCAUCCCACCAAGGGCCUGGUGGUGUCCGGGAGCAAAGACAGCCAGCAGCCCAUCAAAUUCUGGGACCCAAAGACGGGACAGAGUUUGGCCACGCUUCACGCCCACAAGAACACCGUGAUGGAGGUGAAGUGGAACCAAAACGGCAACUGGUUGUUGACGGCGUCGCGUGACCACCUGUGCAAGCUUUUCGACAUCCGGAACCUGAAGGAGGAGCUGCAGGUGUUCAGAGGCCACAAAAAAGAGGCCACAGCUGUGGCCUGGCACCCUGUUCACGAGGGAAUGUUUGCUAGUGGGGGCUCAGAUGGAUCCUUGCUCUUCUGGAAUGCUGGGGUGGAGAAGGAAGUUGGUGGCAUGGAGAUGGCACAUGAAGGCAUGAUCUGGAGUCUCGCUUGGCAUCCACUCGGCCACAUCUUGUGCUCUGGCUCCAACGACCACACAAGUAAAUUUUGGACCAGAAAUCGCCCAGGAGACAAAAUGCGCGACCGGUACAAUCUGAACCUAUUACCAGGGAUGUCAGAGGAUGGCGUGGAGUACGAUGACAAUGAGCCCAACAGUUUGGCUGCCAUCCCUGGCAUGGGAAUCCCAGAGCAGCUGAAAGUGGCCAUGGAGCAGGAGCAGACUAAUAAAGAACCAGCAGCUGAGGCAGAGAUGACCAUCCCAGGGCUGGACUGGGGAAUGGAGGACCUCAUGCAGAAGGACCUGAAGAAAGUCCCACAGAAGAAAGUGCCCUACGCCAAACCCAUCCCAGCCCAGUUCCAACAGGCCUGGUCAGAGAACAAGGUGCCUGCCCUCCCCGCUCCGGAGAUGCCCAAAGAAAGGAAGGAUGAGAAGAAGGUAGAUGGAAAAAAGAAGACCCAGGCAGAGAUAGAGCAGGAAAUGGCUGCUCUACAGUACACUAACCCAAUGCUGCUGGAGCAACUGAAGAUUGAGCGGAUGGCUCAGCUACAGAACGAGCAGGGCAUGCCUCCCCCUGGUGGUCAACCUGGGUCGAUGCCCCCUUUCCCCGGCCAGGGAGGACCGAUGCCACCACCUCCCCAAGGCUUUCCCCAGAACAUGCCCCCGCAGCAGAUGCCCCCACCCAACAUGCCCCCGAUGGGUCCAGGGGGGAUGCAGGGCCCCUUCAUGCCGCAGGGCCCCAACAUGGGGCCUCCAGGGCCUCAGGGCCCUCCGCAGGGCAUGAUGGGACCUCCAGACUUUCAUGGCCCCCAGGGCAUGCAGAGGCACCCGGGGCCCCCCAGGAACAUGGGCCCUCAGGGGCCCCACGGCAUGCCUCCCGGCCCGCGGGGGAUGCAGGGUCCUCCCCCCGGUGGGAUGCAGGGCCCGCCAGGUGGCAUGAUGCCUCCACGGGGCAUGGGGCCCCGAGACGGUCAGGGGCCGCCACAGGGAGGCAUGAUGCACCAGGACAUGCGGGGCCCAGCGCCCCACGGCAACAUGAUGGGCGGCAUGAUGGGGCCUCCCAUGGCCAGUCCCCCCAGGACUCACGGCAACAUGCCCGGCCCGGGUAUGGGCAACAUGCAUGGCAUGGGCAACAUGCAAGGACCCCCACCUGGGGGAAUGCAUGGACAGGGACCUCCGGGUCACAUGCAGGGACCCCCUGGGAAUAUGCAGGGCCCUCCAGGGAACAUGCAAGGACCUCCUGGAAACAUGCAGGGCCCACCCCCAUACAUGCAGCAGGGUAAACCAGGACAGUUCAAUCAGGGAGGACAGAACCCCGGUCCACAGCCGAUGAUGCAUGGAAUGUCACAGCAAGGACCCAAUGGAGAUGGUUCCCGGGGGCCUCCCAACCACCACUUAGGUCCGCCGCCUGAUCGGCAGGGGCCAGGAGGCCCAGGGGGUCCAGGCCACGGCCCAGAGGGAGGCGGCCCGCCGUAUUGGGGCGACAACAGGGAGGGCCGUCGUGGCCCACCCGAGUUCGAGGGCUCCGACGGUGGCUUCCACGGGCGCGGCGGGGACGAGGGUUGGAGGAGAGGGGGCUCCGAGUACCAGGGUGACCCCAGGAGUCACCGUGGAGGAGCCUCGGGGAACUGGGAGGGCCAGGAGAGGUACCAGCGCGACGGCGAGUUCAGAGGUCACGACAGGUUCCGGCGGGGAGGACCAGGAGGCCCCCAGGGGCGCGGCAGCCGGAGCUUCCCUGAAGAGUACGGGGGCGAGGAGGGCUUCGAAGGCCAGGAGGACGUUGGCCAGGGCUGGGAGAGCCGGGGACGAGGUCGGCCACGAGGAGGAGGACCGCCCCGCGGAGGAGGUGGAAGGAAGGGCUUGCUCCCCACCCCUGACGAGUAUCCCCCUCACUAUGAGGGAGGAAGAAACCAAGAGGGCUGGGAAGGGGGUAGAGACCCAGGUCAUGAGGGCUACAGAGAUGGACCACGACAGGAUCACCACGACAACCCGUCGCCUGCUGGCCGAGAGCGCUCGUCUUCUCUGCAGGGCAUGGACAUGGCGUCCCUGCCGCCACGAAAGCGUCCGUGGCACGACGGCCCGGGCUCCAACGAGCAGGACUCUCCCGGGGCCGGGCCAGAGGACCGAGGAGCAGGUCGACCGCCCCCGCGAGAAGAGGGUGGCUACGGGCCCCCGGGGCGGGGGGGGCGAGGAGGCUGGGGCCGGGGAGGCGGCUCAGACCGGGGCGGAGGCGGCCCUGGCUCGGGACCAACCACACGCCGCGGGUCCAUGCGGGGCGGCCGCGGCCGAUAGGACCGCGAGCGAGAGCCCGGGGCCCCUGAGGACGGAGGAGCGGACGGCACUGAGAGGAGCCCGCAAGACUCCCAGCCACCACAGACGCCCGGGGCUCUGACCACGGGUAGGCCAAAGGGUGUUUAUUGGACAUGUGACGUUCCCCCCCUCCCCUGUCUCUGACCGGGCAACGUGAGGGGCGGGGCUCUAACUUUUCACUCUGGCCGGUUCCUCACGUGAGGUGGUGGGUGUGUCGGCCUGCUGGGCUCCUUGGGCCUGCUCGUGGUGACUGAAUGAAGUGAAAAACUGAAGUCCACUGCUCUCUCCGGAGAGCAGUAGAUGUCUGCCACAAACCUCUGGACAAUGUGCACCCCUCACUCUAGCUGUUGGACUGAUGGCUCCGUGCCCUUUUGUUUGUCUUUCUCUCUCUUUUUUCCCCCCUGUGUGUAUGGGUUUUUUUCAGCUGGUUGGUUAUGGAUGAGUAAGCCUAAAUGGUGUGGUGCUCUGAUGUCGAUCAGUCACAUAAUGGGUGCUUUCGUGUCAGAACUUUGUGUAUGAUGCAGAGCACGGCACAGCUCACGUGCCAGUCACUGUUCAACGUGCCCCCACCCCCCCGGCCGGUCUCGCCUGUGGUCAGAGGGCGCCGGCUGACCGGUACUCUAACCCAGCCACCCUCUCCCUGGACUGAUGUGGACCCUUCAGACCUCCAUCUCUGGCCAGAGCCAUGUCCAUCGGGAGGAGAAAUUACUUCCAGGCUGAACAUGAGAUGAACAUGCUGAUAAAUGGCCUCUAGCCACUCUUUCCCGGCUGUGGACUCUCCCGUCUGUUCAAAUUUUCCUUUUUGUGUAAAAUAAUGGAACAAAAUGAUUCUGUAACAUUACCAGGCCACUCAUGAGAAUCGAGGCUUGCUGGCUUUGUUUCUAAAUGUACAGUUUGUCAAGAGAUUGUCAUCGUUCUGUCCUUUUUUUGUAUGAGACUACAAUAGAAUUUGUGCAAAAUUUGUAUAAAUUCAUCAGUCUG